GUUUGAGCGACGCUGUGUGAAGUUAAUAUGGCCGCCACGCAGGCGCACGAUACGCUUCACGCGGUUCCCGUUUCUUCGUUCGUCGAUCCUUCCGUUCCACAGCCAUCUCGAGCGACUGACGUGCCGAUUCAGCUAUAGAGAAAAAUGGAGAACGAUUUGGGAAAUCUGGUCGAUUUGUACAUUCCCCGCAAAUGCUCGGCGAGUAACCGCAUUAUCCAUGCUAAAGAUCAUGCAUCUAUACAAUUAACUCUGGCUGAUGUUGACCCAGAAACGGGACGCAUGACCGACACUCACAAGAUGUAUGCAAUCUGUGGAGCAAUUCGUCGUAUGGGUGAGUCUGACGAUUGCAUCGUGAGAUUGACAAAAAACGAUGGAUUACUAUCUAAAAACUUUUAAUCUAAGUUAUGUAACAAGGUUAUUUUCAAUAAAUUAAAAAAGAUAAAACAGA